CAAGUUUUACAUUUUUCUUUUAGUUAUGCGUUCUGUUUCUUGUUAACUAUUUAUUAAAAAUGGGUGUUCAAGGUUUGCGUUGUAUGGUGACAGGGGGAAGCGGUUUUGUGGGUCAACGUUUAGUAGAAAUGCUAAUAGAAAAAGGUGCAGAAAAAGUUAUUUCUUUGGACAUAUCUUUUCCAAAGCCUAUUGCUCGUAGCUUAUUCACUCCAGCCUUAGACAUAGCCAGUCAUCCUAAGGUGGAAGUGGUCGUUGGAGACAUCACUGAUGUCGUUUUAUUACAAAAUAUUUGUAAAAAUAAUGAUUGUGUUUGGCAUUUAGCUGCCUUGGUGGGCCCUUUUCAUUCUUCUGAGGCUUGUACAAAAGUAAAUUAUGAAGGAACUCUUAACGUUAUAAAUGCUUGUAAACUCAACGGUGUUUCUCGCAUUAUUAUGUCCAGUUCGCCUUCCACAAGAUUUGAUGGAAGUGAUAUUGAAGGUUUUAGUGAAGAUGAAUUGUUUAUAAGACCCCCUGGAAAAUUCUUGCAAGCUUAUGCGGAAACGAAAGCUCAGGGAGAGCUUGCCAUGCGCGCUGCUAAUUGUGAUGUUUUGAUGACAGUUUGCGUUGCGCCUCAUCAAGUUUAUGGACCUGGUGAUUAUCUUUUUUUACCAAACAUACUGAAAGCUGCCAAGUCAGGAAAGUUACGAGUUUUUGGCUCUGGAAAAAACCUCGUGUCCUUCACCCACGUGGACAAUUACUGCCACGCCCUUCUUCUUGCUUACGAUGCUCUUUACGAGGGCUCGCCAGCUUUAGGCAACUUUUAUAUCGUCACUGACGGCCGCAAUACCUUUUGGUCCGCUAUUGAUCAAGCUUGCGUCAAAAUGGGCUACCCUUCUAUUCAGAAAAAAAUGCAUCUUCCACUGCUGCUUUUAUAUAUAUUUUCUUAUGUAUUAAGCAUGAUUGGCUGGUUUACAAACCGUAAGUUUCGCUUAUCCCCGUUUACUGUUCGAAUGCUUUCUAUUCAUCGCUGGUUUGAUAUCAGUAAAGCGAGGCGAGAACUGAACUAUCAGCCAAUCGUUACCUUCGAAGAAGGAUGGAAUUCAACGCUUGAUUGGUUUAAAAGCAACGAAACCUUAUGGGGCGAUAAACUUGCGCCUUCCUUUUCCCUAUGUCCUAAAAUAAAAUCUUCUCGGGAAAAAAAAAAUUAA